AUGGCCCCCAAACAACCGGCCCCAAGACGUUCCACUCGCUCCACCAAAGGCAAAGUGCCGGAGCGUCUUGUCAGCGACCCAACCACAACUUUCAAAGUCGCAAAGACGAAGCCGAAGGGGAAGGGGAAGAUCCCCGGGCCACCGCGUUCCCCAAUCAAUCGGAGGGCGCGCGGGCUCGAGGAGGUCCGCUGGCUCGAACUGAUGGUGGUGGAGGAUUUUGAUGAGGAGGGGGAGUGGGAUGAGGAGGGGCCGUGGGAUGAUGAGAUGGAGGAGAUGGGGGGCUGGGAUGGAGAUGUGGCGGUGGAGAGGAAGGAGCAGGUUAAGAAGGAAGAGAGUGAUGAUGAGGACGAGGAGGAUUAUGAGUAUGAGGUCACCAAGAAGCAGCCUAAGAAGGCGAGAAGGGCCAAGAAGGUGGAGGAGUAG